AUGGCAACCGGCACGAGACUCCACUUCAGUAAGAUAAAGGAAAGGCUGCGUCUUCAUGGAGAUGAAGCCCAGCACGAACAGACAGACCACUGGGCGAAUCGAGAUCUGAUACCUCUUCCCCCACAGCGGAGAACGUGGGGAUGGUUCCACUUCUUUGGUUUCUGGACUCUGGGGUCCUUGAAUAUCACGAACUGGCAGACACCUAAUUCAUUUCUCACGCAAGGUCUCUCAGUUGGCCAAUCAAUGAUGAUAAUCAUUGUUGGACGCCUUCUAAUCAUCGGCUUUUCCACACUUAUAGCAUGGUGUGGUAUACAGUGGCAUAUUGGCUUUACAAUACAGAAUCGAUACACCUGGGGUAUGCGAGGCAGCUACAUCCCCUUACUGCAGAGGAUUUUGCUGAACUUUAUCUGGAAUGCUGUUCAGUGCUGGAAUGGUGGGCGGCUCGUAGCCGUAUGUUUGACCGCCGUCUGGCCCUCGUAUGCCAUGAUGAACAAUUUUUUACCUGCAAGCAUGCCAACGAAUGGGCCCGAAUUUGUGGGAUUCGUCAUUUUCUGGGUAGUAUCAGUUCCCUUUUUGUGGAUAAAGCCUGAGAAUUUCAGAAUUCCUUUCCUGGUUACAUCAAUAUAUUGCGGCAUUGCUAUGUUUGCAAUGAUGGUGUGGGCAUUGGCGACUGCCAAGGGGGUCGGUCCACUCCUGUAUACCGGAGCAUCCGUUCCGGCCACCUCAAGGUGGAAUGACAGCUGGCUUAUUUUGGCGAGCAUCAACCAGGUGAUUGGGGGUAUUGCGGCGGGUAUCACCAAUGGCUCAGACUUCUCGAGGUACGCCAAGGGCUGGAAAUCCUAUGUCAUUGGAGCCGUAACCUCAGGGUGGUUGACAGGCAUCCUGGUGUGCCUUAUUGGUCUGGUAACCACGAGUGCCGCACAGCAGAUCUAUGGCGAGGUCAUCUGGAAUCCCCCCGAUCUUCUACUCACUAUGAUGGCCGAUGGCCAGGGGACAUCAGCCGCUCGAGUUGGAGUCUUUUUCCUAGCCUUUGGCUUUGCUUUGACCAAUGUCUUCGAGAAUGUGUGCGGCAAUGCAGUAGCCGGUGGUAUUGAUCUCGCAGGGUUAUGGCCUCACUACAUCGAUAUCCGUCGUGGUGCCAUCAUUACAUUUGUUGUUGCAUGGGUAGUUCAGCCGUGGCAGCUGGUAAACCGAGCUGUGACGUUUAUCUUAGUUCUAAGUUCAUUUUCGGUGUUCCUUGCUCCUAUCAUUGGCAUGAUGGCGGUCGACUUCUUCAUACUGCGUAAGCAAAAGAUACAGUUGUCUCACCUUUACAGGACAUAUGAUACAUCCUACUGGUUUUGGCGCGGUAUUAACUUGCGAGCAGUCCCUGCUUGGCUAUGCGGGUGGGCACCAACGAUCGGCGGCCUCGUCGUCAGCGUUCGAGGCGAUCCGGAGCCCUCAAAGGCUCUUCAAGAGCUGUACUAUAUGGCUUUCUUCCUCGGUUUCUUCAUCAGUGCCGGCAUCUUCUAUGUGCUCAACUUUCUUUUCCCUCCCGGGGGGCUUGGAGAGUUUGAAGAUACGGAUGUGUAUGGUACUUUCACUGCUCGGGAAGCAGCCAAGCUAGGAGUUGUGCGGUCGGAAAGGUGCAGGACUCACGGAGCCAACAGUGUCUGUGCAACUCGGGAAAUGGUCCAGAAGGGGUAG